UAGCAUACAUAUAUCAAAUAUCCAUCAACAUUUUUCGGCAUCGUUGCAGCGUUCCUUGGGCCACAUUGAAGGCCGGAACAGCUAUAUACAAGGAACGAGACUCAUCGAGUCACGUCAAACUUGUGCGACAAUCGUCCAAUCGAAUUCAUUGGACUGGUGACCGCAAACAAUGUCUGGCCAAGUGCCAGGCGGCGCGGUUCCGCCAGGGCCACGGAGUGCAAGUCAUGGCCCUCCCAGCGCUGGCAUGGCGAUGCCCCCCCAACAGACGCCGCCGCAGCCCGUCAAUCCUCCUACGGCCUCUGGAGGUUCGACUGGCACGGCAGGCGGUGGUAGCAUUUCACAGCAAAACCUAAAUAGCAUAGUCAUAGAAUACUUGUCAAAGAAAGGCUACAGCCGCACUGAGGCCAUGCUCAGAAUGGAGUCGGCAAACCAAGAUUCAGAUGGUCGUCCCAUUUACUCAAGAGUCGAAGAUAGUGGCGGCGAGAAAUAUCUCCGAGCUUUUGGUCUUACGAAAACUUGGAUUGAUGACAAUCUGGAGAUAUACAAGCCCGAACUGAAGCGCCUUCUCUGGCCCCUCUUCGUUUAUUCGUUCCUCAAUCUUGCCGGUGAUUUUUAUCCCAAGGAUUGCGAGCGAUUCUUUGUCGCCUUCAAGGACAUGUUCGCGCGUGAGCAUGCCGACGACCUUAGAGCGUUGUCGGCGAUUCGCCUCCCAGAACACGUCCAGAGCAACGAAAUUGCCAAAAUCUAUCGGGGCAACAAAUAUCGGCUUACCCUCAGCUCCAUUGCAUACUAUAACCUAGUCCAGUUCCUGGAGUCCAAAGAAAAGGACGGAGGAGCUGUAAUUGUGCACCUUCUCCAGAAUCAUUUCAAUAUCGUUUCGGUAGAUCGGAGUGUUACUGGAGAUGGCCGCGGUAGCCUUGCGAGCGUGCUGCGAAAGGCCCAGGAGGAAGGCGACAUGCCAGCAGAGGACGAAGGCAUCCCAGGACAUAACCCAGGAUCAGCCAAUACCGACAGAAAUGCCCCCGCAGUGCUUCCUAGGCUCAAGCUAGGGCAGAUGCCGAUGGAGCAGGAACUCAUGCAAGACGUGCAAGCCGAACUGGAGGAGGAAGACGUAAAGAAUCCCCCGGCGGAGGGACAGAACACACUCGUGCAAGAGUUUGAGAAGCAAAUCAAACGCGAGGAAAGCGAAGAAGCUCCCACGCGAGAUGACAUUCCUUACCCGCCGUCCGUUGCCCGCGACGUCGCCAUGGAGGUCCAAAGGAUCAAGGAACACCGAGAUCGAUUCCGGAUUGAUGGUCGCACUGGCGGCGUCGGCACAGGUGUCAGCGUGACCAUGUUUACUUUCCACAAUACCCACGACAGCAUCAACUGUCUCGACUUUUCCCAAGACAAUACCCUCGUCGCAGCGGGCAUGGAAGAAUCCUACAUUCGCGUCUGGAACCUCGAAGGCAAACCCAUCACGUCCAAUCUGCCCUCCUCUUCAAAGCACGGCGGCAUGUCGCAUCAGCAACAGCCAUCCUCUUCUCGCCGACUCAUCGGCCACUCCGGGCCCGUCUACGCCGUCUCUUUCUCGCCCUGUAUCGCCAAUCCGGACCCGAACGGGCCCUCAACCGCAGCACGGUAUCUCCUCUCCUGCUCCGCCGACAAGACAAUCCGGCUCUGGUCACUCGACACCUGGACCAAUCUCGUAGUCUAUAAAGGCCACGACCACCCCGUAUGGGAUCUCAAAUGGGGCCCCUUCGGACACUACUUUUUGACCGGGGCGCACGACAAGACCGCUCGCCUCUGGAGCACGGAUCACAUUUCCUGUCUGCGCAUCUUUGUCGGCCACGACCAGGACGUCGACACCGUCGCCUUCCAUCCCAACUCGGCCUACGUCUUCACCGGAAGCUCCGACAAGACUGUGCGCAUGUGGGCCGUCACCACCGGAAACCCGGUCCGCCUCUUCACCGGCCACGUCGGCAACCUGACCGCCCUCGCGUGCAGCCCUAACGGCAAGACUCUCGCCUCCGCCGACGACGCGGGCGCUAUCAUCAUCUGGGACCUCGCCACCGGCCGCCGCGUCAAGCGCAUGCGCGGCCACGGCAAGGGCGGCAUCUGGAGCCUCAGCUGGAGCGUCGAGUCCACCAUUCUGGUCUCUGGCGGCGCUGACUGCACCGUUCGCGUCUGGGACGUGACUACUCCGACCGACGGCGCCCAAACUAGUACCACUACUGCUGCUUCUGCCAUUGUUGCCGGCCCCGGCGGAACUGGAACUGGAACUGGAACUGAUGCGGCUUCUUCUUCCUCAAAUGCCCCCGGAUCCGCCACCGCCGCUUCGUCCACUCAGGCCGGCGGCGGCGCCGGCGGCGGCAAGUCCUCGGGUGAACCAUCAGCUGCCGACAAACCCGAUGGACAGCAAGCAGGAGCAGGUAUUACUUCGGAAAAGGCAUCUUCUGGUGCACCUGGCGGCGCUUCUACGUCUUCUUCUACUUCCGCUGCCGCUGCAGGUGGUGGUAGUGGUGCUGCAGGAGGCACCAGCUCAGCAACCACUGGAGCAGGCGGCGCCGGUCCCUCCGCGCCAGGCGCGAAGAAGAAGUCUGGCAAGGAAGUCGUCAUUACGCCGGACCAGAUCAGUGCGUUCCCGACGAAAAAGUCGCCCGUCUAUCGCGUCCAGUUUACUAGACAGAAUCUGGUCAUUGCUGGCGGAGCUUACAUGCCUUAGUGUCUGUCUUCGUUGCUUGUCUUCGAUGCGUGUCUUCGAUGCUCGGCUUGGUUGUGGUACGUUGUUUCACACCUAUUCAAGUCGCGAUGUGGUCGCAGGGGGGGGGGGGGAAGGUGAAAGACGUGAAAAGCUUUG